GCCUACCGGACCGGGGGCGAGGCCGCGGCGGUGGCGCGGCUCGUGUCGCUGCGGCGGCACUGCGGCUUUGGGGAGGCGGAAAGCGUGUGGCGGCAGCACGCGCUCGACGUGUUGCUGCGCGGCUCCUUGCUGCGCGGCGAGCACGCGCGCGCGUCGGCGCUGCUGGGGGAGUACCGGCGGCACCUCGCCGAGAGCGACGGCCCGACGGACGCUGCUUGGGGCGCGGAGCUAGAGCUGCUGCUGCAGGAGGGGAGGCUGCUCGAGGCGAUCCCCGCAGGUCGUCUGCCAGCUCGCAGAGGCGCGGGCGCACUCGCUUGGCGGGCAGCCAGUCAACGCCCUCCUCCCCGCCCUCUCCGCCGUCGCCUUGUGCGAAGGGCGCGGCUUGCGCGGCCUCUACUCCUCAGCCGCGCAGCUGCUCGCGGCCGCGCAGCUCGAGGUGGACCCGCCCGCCGCUCUGCAGCUGCUGCAGCGGGUUCGGGCGCACGUGAUGCACCACGGCUCGGCCGACGAGGUCGCGCGGCUGCAGCUUGCGUUUGCCAAGUGCCGGCUCGCGAGUCUGCCUCCGUACUCCAAGGCAGCGCCGCCGUCGGCGCAGACGCUGCAGGCGCACGUCUUGCCGCCGCUGCAAGAAGCGCUCGAGGGCUUCGGCAAGCUGCGCGCCCACACCGAGGCGGCCGAGGCGGCGUACCUCGCCUCGCGCGUGCACGCGACCGCCGGAGCCACCGCCGAGCGCGAUGUCGCCGCGCAGGUCUUCGUCGCGGCAGAGCGCGCCGCGACGCUGGCGGCGCAGCGGCCGCUCGGUCGCCUCGCCGACUACGCGGCGGAGGGUGCGCACCUCGCCGAGCUCGCCGAGCUGGACGCGGCCGAAGCUGCCGUCUACGCGACGUGACCCGGACCGGCCCCUGGAACUAGCCUUGCUCGAGGGGGGAUCUUGCGGUCCGGCGCCGCAACUUCGAGCAGGAUGUGCAGCACCGCGCACCGGCUCGAUGAGCGUGCCGAAGCGGAACUUUCGUUGAGGCCAUGGUUUCGCCGCCCGGCGGCGGCGGCGGUGAGCGCAGCUGCAUAUUGUA